CUUAUACCGACGUCAAAGAGAGGACAGAGAGCAUUUUAAAACAACUUGGAGAUUUUGUUUCAGCAGCGUGUGCAUCUCACACCGGAAGCCGCCACUGCCGAUGAGCUGAUUACCCGAAGGAAGUAAAAACAUGAGCUUGGGCUGUUCUCCAGAGGCUAAGUACCACGGCCUGUUCAACUAUGGGGCAACGUGUUACCUGAACAGUGUGCUGCAGGUUCUGUUCAUGACUGAAGAAUUCAGAGAAGCUGUGAACAGGUCUUCUCGUCCUAAUAAAAAUUAUAUUGAUCAUCAUCUUAAAGAAUUGUUUAGAGAUUUACUGACACGGACAGCAUCUACACAUGACAUAUUGACAACACUAGAAGUCAACAACGUGAAUGUACAGCAAGAUGCUGCUGAGUACUUUGAGAGGAUCUUAAAUAAGACCAGUGAAAAUGCAGCACAGAUCUUCCAUGGACAGCUGACUCACAGGACCACCUGUUUAAAAUGUCAGAGAGAGGCUGACAAUGAAGGGCCAUUCUGGCAUCUUCCUCUUGAACUGGGAGCUUCCAGUGGUGAAAACUACAGCGUGGAGAAUGGCAUCAACAUGUUUUUUACACCAAUGACGUUUGAGGGAGAAAACCAGAUGUACUGUGAGAAUUGUGAUGCUAAAGUUGAUGCCACCACAAAAUAUGUAAUAACUCACCAUCCAGAUGUCCUGCUUCUUCUGCUGAAGAGGUUUGACUUCAGCUACAAGUACAUGUCAUACAUCAAAAUCAACUGUGACGUCGAUAUUCCCCACACCUUAAAGAUACCAGAGAAUCAGACAUAUGAGCUCUAUGCAGUUGUGGAGCAUGUUGGGGAUCUCAGAGGUGGGCAUUACACUGCCAUAAUCAAACCGAAAGAUGAGGAAGCACGGUGGUACACCUUUAAUGACACUCAUGUCACACCGCUUUGCCAGAUUCCUUUUCUUAACAACAGAAACACUGAAAAAUCCUCAAAUGCCUAUCUUCUAUUUUACAGGAAGAAAGGCUCAGGCACAAUGGAGGCGUGCUCAAUCAGAGAUCAAAACCUCUGCACCACUCAGGACUCUGGGGGUCAGUGGAAGGGUGACAACACAGAAACAGCUAUUGGGAAUUUGUAUAAGAUGAAUGGUAGCACCCAAAACAGCUGUAAUAAAACACAAAUGAAGCCUGAGGCCAGGGGUCCUGGCAAGGGAGAACUGAAUCAGCCUGAGGAGAUCGUGUCAGUAGAAAAAGAAAUAGAUUCACAAAACAAGUGGAGCGAUGAGCAGAGAUUAAUUGAAGGGAGUAAACAGCCUGAUAAGGAGGUCAGUUAUCGUAAAGAAGACCGUUCUUCAGAAAGAGAUUGUUCUGCACAGUGUCCUGAAAGUAAAAGGUUCAAUAAUCCUCCGCAAAAGUCAUUGAAUCAAGAUGGCCCUCAUCUUGAUGAUUAUCACCAAAGGAGAAAUAAGAGGACGGCUGAUGCUUCUAAAACACAGAAACAAGAAAGAAAUGAUGAUGGUGGAGCCAAUCUACAUCAAGACAGUCCAAAGGUAGAUGGAAGUGGAGAAGGCAAACAACAGGAAGAUCAGAGACAGACAACAGGAAAUAGUGAGAGGGAUAAAAAUGGCACAGAAAAGAAAGGGGACAAAGAUUAUGCAUUUAGGACAAGAAAGGAUCUGUCCAGUAGCAGUAAAUAUAAACAUGUAAACGCAGAAGAGGACAGCCAGGCAGGAAAAAGGGGAAAACCUGGGGCAGAGUAUUCUGACAGCCCUACACAGCCCUACCACCAUGAAAGUCUGAAGGAUACACAGAAGAGACAAAUUAGACAAAAAGGACAGACUAGCCAUCCGACACAAAACGAGCUUGACUUGAAGAAAACUGCAAAACCUAGUGAUAAAAGAGGAGCGCCAUUUACAGAACACCAGUGGGCUGAGAGAGACAAAGAAACAAGUCAACAAAAACUUCAAGUUGACACAAGUGAAGGAUCGCAGGUCGCCGCAGCCACAGGGCAUCAUUCAAAACAGUCACUACUUGAUGUCAAGACUGUGGACGAAAAGAUCCUCAAUGUUUAUUCCAGUGGAAAAAAGAAAAAGAAAAUACAAAUAAUAACAACUAUUGAGGAAACAUUAUAUGGCAGCAUUAAAAGAAACAACAAAAACAACGAGGAUAAUAUUACCAGAAAAUUUAGCAUGGCAGAUCAUUUUCUGAACCCUUUUCACCAGAAAAACAACAUCACACAUCAAAGGAAGCCGUCAGAGGAGCAAAUGAAGACAGAUACAGUCCGAGAAUGAUCCCUGAUGCUGACUUUGAAACGUUUCAAAACAGGCACGUUAUGAAGAGGAAAAAAGUUUCAUGCAAGUGCACAUGUGUGUUUAUGAGCACAAUGGAAGCAGCAAAGAAAAGUGACAUUUUUGUGUUUCUCUACUGAAAAAUUCAGACCAGGACUCACAUUCAGCUUAAAAGGUAAUCAAAAUGGUUUUAUUAGCAUUAUAUGUUUUUGUUGAUAUUGCAGCUUCUUAAACUGUUCAGUCUGGCCUAUUUAGGUCUGGAUGCAUUGAACUAUAGAGAGAUUCAGUGAAAGCACAUCUUUACCAAAUUAUCAGUCCAGCAAAAGAUUUAGGUUUAGUUUGGGACUAAAUUUAGCUAGCUAAAAUAGCAAUGCCAUGUUUUUAUUUUAACGUGUGCUUGAAGCAUUGUGAUAUUUGGCAAUAAAAUGUCUAAAAAUA